AUGGGCGAUGGCGACGGCGAUAUUAGGGUUUUGAAAGAUGGUGGACGAGAGGUGACGAUGAUGGAGGUGAGUGAGAAGGACAGGCCCCCAGACAGGCUGGGGUCGGGCUCAUGGGUACAGAAGGUAUCGGAGGGUGGUGUUGGUGGGAGACUUUGUCCCGAGAGUGUUUUGGAUGAUGCGUUUGUGACGGAGCGGUUGGUGCUGGAGUUUCCGGAUGGGGAAGGGGGAGAACCAGUGAUUACGAUCGGCACAGAAGUCUUAGAGGCGAUGAAUGGUUUGUGGAAACAAUGUAUGAUUGUUAAGGUGCUAGGUCGUAAUAUCCCGAUCUCGAAUAUGAGUCGAAAGCUCAAGGAGUUAUGGCAGCCACGAGGGGCUAUGUAUGUGAUGGAUUUACCGAGACAAUUCUUCAUGGUUACGUUCGAGGUUGAGGCGGAGUACUUGGCGGCGCUAACGGGUGGACCGUGGAGAGCGUUUGAGAGUUACUUUAUGGUGCAAGCUUGGUCACCGGAUUUUGAUCCGUUAAGCCAUGACAUAGUGACAACGCCGGUUUGGGUUCGUCUAGCAAAUCUCCCAGUAAAUUUCUAUCAUCGAUCGAUCUUGAUGGGGAUUGCGCGGGGUUUGGGGAAACCGGUGAAGGUGGAUGCAAUGACACUGAACUUUGAGAGAGCUCGUUUUGCCCGUGUUUGUGUGGAGGUAGACCUCAAGAAGCCACUAAAGGGGACAGUGAUGGUGAACGGGGAGAGAUAUUAUGUGGCUUAUGAGGGAAUGUCGAAUAUAUGUGCGACCUGUGGUUUAUACGGGCAUCUAGUACACACAUGCCCAAAUGGGAGAAGAGAGGAGGGUGCUGGAUCUCCGAAAUCAACUAUGGUGGCAGAAGUGACUAGUAAUUCUCAGGUUGGAGAUGGAUUCACGGAGGUACGAGGGCGGAGAGGGGGCUUUGCAGUUAACCCUAAUGGUAUGGUGUUUAAUGUGGGAAGCUCGGGUAUUGACGUCGAGGAGAAUAUGCAGAGAACUUCGGGGAAUAUUGAGAUGUCAAAUAGGUUUGAUGGGCUGGAGCAGGAUAUGACAUAUUUGGAAUUACGGGAAGUCAACGCGGUCCGAGGAGGUGAGGAAACAAAUGGGAAAGUUGAGAUUCCAUCACGUGAAGGGAAGAGUGCUAUGCAAGCAAAGGGCUGGAAAUUUAAACAAGGUGCGAAUCAUGAGUCUAGUAGCAGUAAAGGGAUUUAUCAGAAUACAAGAAUGGGAGGAACUAAAUUGGCCAAGUCUAAUACGAGCCAUGGGGGGAGGAGUAGGAGCAAUAUGGUGGCUCAACCAACUCGUGGACUGAUUUUUGGCCCAACAAGAGGAGAGGUGACGUUGUCUACAUCGGGUAAACGUUUACGUGUGGAGAGUGGUUCGGUGGGCAGACCUGGAGGGAGAUUUGAGAGUGUGGAGGAAGCAAAGAAAAUGGAGGAAGUUGUAACUGCGAAUCUUAGUACGGAGGUGGCGGUGAUUAUGACGGAGGUGGAGAAAGAGGGGAAUGCUAUGGGGAUACAGUCCUCGGUGAUGGAAGGGGGGGUUUACAAGCAUGACGGAUUUCCCCGGUAG